CCCAGCACUCUCCGACAGCUACUGAGGAAAACCGCUUCUUCCCUAUCUGAGCAUCUGGAAAGAUUUCGUCUUCCUGAAAAAGAAGCCUCAGGCUUUCCCAGAGGACUUGAAAGGCCUUCCCUAAACCAGCCACACCAAAUUCCGCAGCAAGAAGGUUCCCUUCUCUUUUCCAACUUCACGUUGGGAAAAUGACUUUCUCUUCAGCAUCUCAGUUUCCCCUAAAUUGGGGCCAGUGAAAAGACAUCAAUCUGUUUAUCCAGUAGGACAGAAGCGGGGUCCCGUACUCCCCACUGUUAACUCUAAUUCCAAGCGAGUUGCUUUGUGUAUGACUUACUUGCUCAGAAGAGCCACGUUGGGGAGCAGCUCAAUAGACGAGCCCGCGCACACGUCCUAAGCGGGCGAGUGAGCUCAGCGCCUCCCUCCUUCGGGACGGGGAUGAAGUCCUGCAAGCCCAGCAACCCAGCGGCGGCACCGCGCGCCGCGCCCCCGUGCGCAGGCGGCGCCGAGUGCGCGGGUACGUGCGCCGGGGCCGGGCGGCUGGAGAGCGCGGCGCGCAGGCGCCUGGCGGCCAACGCGCGUGAGCGCCGUCGAAUGCAGGGACUCAACACGGCCUUCGACCGCCUGCGCCGGGUGGUGCCCCAGUGGGGCCAGGAUAAAAAGCUGUCCAAGUAUGAGACCUUGCAGAUGGCGCUGAGCUACAUCAUGGCGCUGACCCGCAUCCUGGCCGAGGCCGAGCGAUUUGGCUCCGAGCGGGACUGGGUCAGUCUCCACUGUGAGCACUUUGGCCGCGACCACUACCUUCCGUUCGCGGGCGCGAAGCUGCCGGGUGAGGGUGAGCCCUACGGCCAGAGGCUCUUCGGCUUCCAGCCGGAGCCCUUCCAGAUGGCCAGUUAGGGCGCGCGGCCCUGCCAGGGUGAGACGCACAGCGAUCGAGCACCGGACCUAUCGGAAUCGUAGCCCUUUCCCCAGUAGGUGGCCUAGGAUGCGUUCUUAGAAUAAAAUAGAAAACUUUCAGAUUACUUUUAUUCGCAUCACCAGUCUUAUGGACACGAUUUUAUUGCCUUUCUGUUUUCCUCGUCAAUCAGUAUUUUGUAGGUUUCAUUAUUGGAUCUUAUGAAUGGUUUUGAUUGCUGUGAAAAUAAUGUUCUCUCCCCUUUUUUUGGACUAGUUUAAGGGAAAACAGUCUUAAGAAAAAAUAGGAUUAGGCUAUACUGCAGUUUUAGUCCUCAGAGAAAUAAUCGCUUUCUUAAACUUAGUAAGUUUGACCUGUUCGGGUGAAGUUACAAUAUCCAUUACUUGUGUAUGCUUAAAAGAGCUUCCUUCCCGUCGUGUAAAUGCAUUUAUGCUUAGUGCAUUGUGUGUGUAUGCAUGAAGUAGUCAUACUUUUUUUUUUUUUUUUUUGGGUAGAGUACAUGGGCGUGAGUGCUCUGUAUUUUUUAAAUGUAUACAUUAUUAAAAUAUAGAUUUUGUAAUAUAUAAAUAAAAAUGUGGGUUUGUUUUUCAUGCCAAAUGCCCUGCUAGUUUCCUGAUGCCAAUAAAGGCCUAUUGGGGCUGAUCGUAUCGAGUGCUUUCCUGAGUAAAGAUGUGGAAUGUUUAAAUCUAAUUGCACUGAUUGGCAAAUGUGCCCUUUUGUAAUACUUAGUUAAAAAAAAGACAAGUUGAUGAGAGUACAAGUAAUUUGAAAGCUUUCUCUGUGAGUUUAUAUAUAUAUAAAACUAGCACUGAGGAAUAAAAAAAUGUUGCUUUUGUAAGUGGAUUCCCUUUUAAUCAGUACCAGUUGAGCGUAAAGGACAUCACUACCAUCAAGGCUAAUCAAGAUUGGGGCAAAAUAAUAUGCAUAAUAUUGGUUUGAAUUACUUUUAUAAAUUUGCUUAACCAUUGGAUGAAUAAAUCAAACCCUUAAUGUAAAGGAUGACUUGGUCAGCAGCACUACAUGCAUUUGGGAGAAAUUAGAAAUAAUAAUUAAAAAAAAGCAGGACUCUUAAGUUAUGUGUGCAUUUGGCAUUUGUCACAAGACAACAGAAAAAACAGUGACAUCCUCCAAACUUAUUAUGGAUUCCAACACCAACAUCAGAUGCAGCCACCUGUUUGCAGUUUAUCUAUAGAAAUUCAACAUAGAAUUUUUUAUUGUCUUAGUUAUCCCUAAUUAUCAAAAUCCAUUUGGUUUGUAAUGAAUGAAGAUAUCUUCCGCAGGGCAUAAACUUAAACGUACAAAAUUGCAAGUGUGUCUCUAGAAAGCUCUGAGAAACCAGUGCUGAAUUUCCUUUUCCUUCUGAUAUCUGUUAAUAAGAAACUGAGGAGGGUUCAGGACUUUGCUUCCUCACUGCAAAUUAGAGAGUAAAAUGUUUAGCCUCUUCAACAGCUCUUAGAAGACACUGUAGUUGAGCAGAGUACACAGCUCUAGAAGAGAUGAUGCCAGGACCCCUUUCUAGCCUUACACCACACUGCAGUCUGCAUUUGAACUAACAGCAAGGCUCUGGGUAUCUGUCUUCCUCACAAUAGUUUAUUUAUUUAGACUCAAAAAAGCUUCAUUAAUAACUCCAGUAAGUUUGUAGAGUUUGAGAAUAUAUAAAAUCAGUGCUAAAACGUUUUAAUCAGGAAAGUUCUCAAAAAUGUAUUAAGAUGGAGUCCUGUUUCAGGUAGGGUUCAUAGCCCACUCUCUAAACUGUAAAUACCUUGUCAAAGAGAACCGUGGUUUUCAUUUUAUCUCCUUCAGUAUAGAAGUUUUAGAAUAAACUCUCAAUAAAUAUUUCUUUUUGGUUAUUAACAAUAGUAGCUUCUUAAUGAAAUUGAACAAUUAAUUAAAAAGAUGGGAUUCUAAUCCCAUGCCUCUUCUUCCACAUCCCCAUUCUCCAAUAAGAGUGGGAAUCUGUCUGUUAAAUAUUUUGCCUAUUACUGGCUGUUCUGUGUUUUUGAAAUCUCUGGAAGCAAUUUAGCUCUUACCAAAUCCCUAAGCUUUCCCCCACCCCCCAACUUAAUGUACUAUUUUUUUCCUGGAAGACAUUUGAGGGAGAGGUAAAUGGGUCUCAGUGAUUCAAAUCCAGUCUUUGGUAAAACUCCUAAAACUGUAUGUUGGGAAAUCCAUCAUGGUUUAUCAAUUAGGAGCUUGGGUAGCAGAAGUGUAAAAUCUUUUGAAGAUUCAUAUAUUAUUAUACAUAAUAGAUUUUAGAUUACCAAGCCACCUAAUAGUUGGUAUAGUAUUCCAUACUGUCCACCUUUGAAAAAUCUGUGUUGUUUCUAGUUUGACAACAAGGCAUAUCAAAUUCAAAAGGAUUCUUUUACCUGGGCUCCCUUAAAAAAUAUUAUCAAGCACCUACUCAUUCAGAGUAUAGCUGAAUGCUGCAACAGUGUGGUACCAAUAACAUAUGCCAUAAGAACUCUUAAGGGGGCAUUAAAUAAUAAAAUAAGACUCACCUGAGCAGGUUUUCAGUUUGAUUAGUUAUUAUCUGGGUUCUUCCUAGGUGUUAGCUGGAGGUUGAAUCCCCAAACCCUGGGAUCAGAAGUCUUGAAGAACCAUAUACAAAUGAACAGGGCUAUCAAGAUAGGAAAGGCCAUCCAAACCAGUGGUUCACAAUCCUGUCUGCUUGUUAGAAUCACACCUAGGAGUCUCGAAAAAAAAUACCAAGUCGGGGCUCCCAGCUUAAAAAUUGAUUUAACUGCUCCAAGGUGAGGCUUGGACAUAGAUAGUUUAAAAUUCUCCCCAGGUGAUUCUAAUGGGCUGUCAGUGUUAAGAACCACUUAAUCAAUAUGUACUACCACACCAUUAACCUAAUUACCAAAAACUGAUGGUAUCGACUUCCCACUUUUUGUAUUUGUAGAUGUUAAGAAGGAUCCGGCUAUCUUUCUUAAUAUCCAAUACAGCCCGUUUCAUAGUUAAUGAAAUGGCCUUUAUACUAAUGAAGAUCUAAAAUUUCUGUGAGAUAUGAGCCAGAUAGAAUGUGUUUGGUUGUGGUUAAUAGAACUGUAGGAUUCAACAAUUAAGGCUUACUUAAAUUUUGCCAUCUUAUAGUGAAAACAAAGUGCUGUUUUUUGAAUGUGGGUAGCCUCUGCUCCUCUGCUUAGGCAUUACUAAAGAUACCUCUUUUUGCUACCUAUAGGUGAAAAACAUUUCAAAGGCAUACAAAGCCAUAGAUAUAUGACCUAUCUUCUCACAUGGAUAUACACCUAUUCCCCUCUCUGGUCAUGAAU